AUGUGUCCCCCACUCUCCUUCCUUAUACCACCAGCCAGCCUGUCCUUGUCCCUUCUCUUAAGCAGUCAGGACGGUGGAGGCGAGCCCCUGGCUGCUGUGCCAGAGGAGGAGCUGCUGCAGAGGCCAGCCCCCCACAGCCGGAAUGCCCCAAGUGAGGAACUGCCCCCCUCCCGCCCGGCCGCUGGGGAAAAGCUGCCAUCAGAGGCCCCUGGAGAACCAGCUGGGGCAGAUAUGGGGAGGGUGAGCCGGUCAUCUGGCUCCGGGACUCUCCACAAAGACACAGUUAUGGACUCACCGAGACCUGGGCUUCCCAGGGAAGGUGGUUCCUUCCCAGUGACAGAGGCAAAGCCAGGGAAGAGGUCCUACUCUCCAGCCUCCAGUAAGCAGAAAAUGCUCAGUGUGGGGGGUCUGGCCUCCGCCUCAUCUCCCAGCGUCAUUAACUCCACCCGUGCCACACACAACCUAGUGCCUUGCGGGUCAGGCCCGGGGCCCUGCCAUCUGGCCAACCUCCUCAGCACAUUGGCUCGGAACAGCCAAAACACAGAUCAGAAGAGGACCCCAGAAGUGACCUGCCAAGUUCGGAAAAAGACUCGGACCCUAUACCGCUCAGACCAGCUGGAGGAGCUAGAAAGGAUCUUCCAAGAAGACCACUAUCCAGAUGGGGAUAAGCGCCGGGAGAUUGCCCAGACGGUGGGGGUCACCCCCCAACGCAUCAUGGUGUGGUUCCAGAAUCGCCGGGCGAAGUGGCGAAAAGUGGAGAAGCUGAACGGAAAGGAGAACAAGGGCAGUCCUGCAGGCCCUCCCCUUACCCCUGCCAGCGGUCAGUGCAGCACUGCAGCCGAGCUGCCACCUACCAUGCCCCUGGCCCCAGAGCCUGGUACCUUCUCUCAGGAGCCCCCUCUGGAUACUCUCACAGAGCCCCCCAUGCUGCUGACCUCUGACCAGACUCUGGCCCCAGCCCAACAGAGUGAGAACACGCAAAGGGCAGCCGUGACCCCACCACUCUUUAGCCCGCCCCCUGUCCGAAGAGUCAACCUUCCUUUUCCCCUGGGCCCUGUCCCUACCCCCCAAAUGAUACCUUUGCUUCUGGAUACUCCUGGCAGUGACAACAGCCACAAAGAUGGCCCCUGUGGAUCCUGGGGGACAAGUGUCACGCCACCAUCCCUCUGUUCAUACUUGGAGGAGCUGGAGCCCCAGGAGUAUCAGCAGAGCCCCCCGCCAGGACCGCCCCUGUUCCCCCAGGCCCUACAGCCCCAGCUUUACCAGCAGCCUCAACCCCAGUACUCCUACCUGCACCCCUUCCCCUUCCCCACGCCCCCCUCCCUGAUCCCUCCGUUGCCGGAUGACUCCCUCUUCACGUCGCCUUAUGGCCCCAGUGCGGGUCCCUCUCAGGGCUACUUCCUGGGCCCCCCGCCAGGGCCGAUGGUGCUGCAGCCCCCUGCGGGGAACGUGGGUGCAGUCCCUUGGAAUGACCCUUGCUUGCCAGACCUGCCUUUCCCUGGUCCCUUCUGUCCGCCAGCGUUGGGGCACCCGCCGGGAGGCGAGGGCUUCCUCCCGGAUCUGCCCCCCGCGCCCUGCGCUCCGGCCGGGAGCCGGCGGCCUUCUCCAGGUGGCGCCCCGCUGCCCGACGCGGCCGGACCAGGACCGGCGACCUUCCUUGGCAAGACCCGAGAGGAGCCGCCUGCCACCUCCCGGGAGGAGUCCCUAGCACUGCAGGAGGUCCGAGAGGAAGACAAGGACAGCUGCGGCCCCUAG